AUGACUUCCAGCGCAAGUGGUACCGACAGUGACUGCCAGGCUGAGUUAUCGUGCGAGUCAUCUCCUUUUGAGGUUGAAGAUUGUAAUGACGACGACUGGCUUCUUCACCUUUCUUCUUCUUCUUCACCUUCUUCUUCUUCUUCUUCUUCUGAUCACUGUAUUACCGUCGCGUUUUCGCUGGGCAGAGGCAUGACUCCAUUAAAGCUGUUAUUUCUCGGCGCUGUUUUUCAAGCCACUGACAGAUUUUUCGUCAGCAGUCAUCUUAGAGACGGUACAAAGACAUUCCAGAUAAAAUGGCAAAACGGAAGUGUGGAACUCUUCAAUUACGAAAAAUCCGAAAGUAGUGACUGUAUCUAUGACAACAACAAGGAUAUCCUUAGCUGCACGAGGAGUCACCCCUAUGACGUAAUAACAUCAAUAUGGCGUAAUAAUCCAGAACUAAUUCAGUAUGUCAACGUAAACUGCCUGUUACGUAAAGAGAAUGUCAGUAGGAGUAAGGCAUGUGUGUGUAAGAACACGACAAUGGUGGGGAAUUCUACGAAAGAUCGAGAUAACGAAAAAUAUUAUUCUUGUCAGUUAGAGCAACUGCCUUUCAACAUAUUCAGCACAUUGAUAAACGUAGAGGUGAUAGAUUUGUCCUACAACAGGAUCCAGUCAAUCGAUGUUAGAAGUUUCCUGAAUUGUGCAUCACUUGAAUACUUAGCCUUGAAUCACAACCCACUUAGUAGUUAUCCACAAGGAAUGCUUUGCGGUUUAUCGAGACUAAAAUUCGUGGACGUUUCGCACCAAUUGCUGACACGUUUUCCAAGCAACAUAUUUAAGUGUGAGACCGAUUCUCAGUCAAGUGUUCUUGCAUUUAAAAUUAGUCACUGUCUGAUUGAAGAAAUUGUUGAUGAUACCUUCAGAUAUUUGCACGAAUUGAUUUCACUGGAUUUGACUGCAAAUAGGAUCAAAAGAAUAACUGAAAAUGGAUUUGUAGGUGCAUCAUCGCUUCUUUAUAUUGAUCUCUCCAACAACAGUCUCAGUCAAAUUCCAUUGUUCAUCUGUAGCCAUGUUCCCAAACUUACACAUCUACUUCUGCAAAAGAAUCAAUUCCAGUUCAUAAAUAUGACAAAUGUCCAAAAUUGUCAUAGCCUUGAGGCUAUGGACCUAUCAGAAAAUAUAUUCAAUUCUCUAGAGGGUCCAAAACAUCCAAUGACGUCAUUAAAAAAUCUAAAGCUGGGCCACAAUAUUUUCAUUGCAAUCAGAGAUAGCAUGACGUUGAAGCAUUUCCCAGCCAUUUCUGAAUUAGAUUUCAGCUGGAAUCAGAUUGUGACAAUUGAAAAUGCUUCAUUUGAUGGGAUUAAAAGUAUGCAUAGAUUGGAUCUGAGCAACAACAACUUGACAGACAGUUCUGCAGAUUUUCGUCGAGUCUUUCAAAACUUACAGUCCUUAACGUACCUGAAUCUGAGCUCAAACGGUCUAACUACAGGUCUGGAUUUAGCAUUCGAAGAACUGUCUUCUUUAAUGGAAUUAGAUCUGUCGUAUAACAGACUUAAAGUCAUAACUAAUAACAGCGUUCCUGGUUUGAAAAAACUAAGACACCUUAAAAUCAACAACAACAAACUGCAAUCUAUUCAUCGAUAUUCUUUCAUGGACAUGAGCAAUCUUGAAAGUAUAGACAUGUCACACAAUAAAUUGGUAUCUUUAGAGAUGGUACAUUUUCCAGGAAUAUUGAUGCUUGAUGCAUCAUGGAACAGCUUAGAAGACAUACCGAGUCGUCUGCCUGUAACAAUUUCCCGUCUGCAGCUGAUGGGAAACAGGAUUUCUUCUUUAAGACGAGCAGAUGUUAAAAGUUUAGUCAGGUUAAAGGAGUUAAAUAUAAGUCACAAUGUGAUAACAUUCCUGGACGAUGAUUCCUUUUUAUCAUCAUAUAAUAUGACAUCUGUGGACUUGAGCUUCAAUGAUCUUAAGCUCGACUUUGGCAAGGAUGUUUUCAGAGGAAUGCAGCACAUUCGAAACAUAUAUCUAACUCAUAACAACAUACACAGUAUCGACGGGAUUUUGCAGUUUGACUCAUUAACCACCCUACAAAAUCUGGACGUAUCAUUCAAUAACAUUGAAGAAAUCGGAGAACCUCUAAACCCCAGCAACAAAUCCAAACAUCUGCAGACUCUCAAUCUAGAAGGAUGCCAGAUUACGACAAUAGUCAAGAUUGCUUUCAUUAACCUUUCUCACCUGAAGUCGGUGAAUCUGCAGAAGAACAUGAUAGUGACUGUUCCUUUAUUUGAUGCUCCAAUCGGUGCAGAGUUUCGUUUGGUGGACAAUCGCCUGAGGUGUUCCUGUAACAUGUCGUGGUUGAUUGACAGACUGUCUAACAGGUCGUCUUUGGAUUAUGAUGUAGAUGUCUGUGCUGUAUUCCCACAUGGAUGGAUCUACCCAAUUAGGUCUUUGUCACCAGAUCAAUUUUUGUGUCCAGUUGGAUCAUGUCCAGAACAAUGUUCGUGCUAUUCAACGAAAGGAAAUGGAACAGUUGCUAUAACUGUUUGUCAUAGAGGUGUCUUAACAAUUCCCGUCGAUAUUCACAAUGAUUCAACCACAAUUUAUCUUGAUGGAAACAAUUUUGCUGAACUUGGCACAAUUGUUGCACCAUUCGUUACAGACAUGUCAGUUAAGAAGUUAUUAAUGAACAACAGCCAUGUGCUUGGAAUUGGAAGUUCAUUUUUUGAUAAAACACUGUAUCUGGAAGAGGUUGACCUUAGUCAUAACUACAUAAAAGUGCUGCCGUCAGAUAUAUUUCAUAGACUGAUGCAUAUUAAAUUUGUACAUCUACAACAAAACCAAAUCAGCUAUCUUCCGAGUUCUUUGUUCAAGGGUUUGAAUUCGCUAGAAAUGUUCGACAUCAGUGCUAACCGACUGACAUAUUUAUUGUCAGAAACUCUGCAUGAACUAGAUAACAUGGAACAUUUUCGUUGGAUAAACCUUGCAUCCAAUCCAUGGCGCUGUAAGUGUUCCACAAAAGCAUUGAGGAUUUGGCUGGAGGAGUCUUCCAGUCCUGUGUUUGACAGACGUCAAGUGUUUUGUAACAAUAAGGAGAUGCUGCAAGUCCAGUUAGACGAAUUCUAUUGCCCGCCAGUUCUUUCUGAAUCUGUGAAAAUAGGACUCAUAUGUGUUUCUUUGACCAUUUUCGUCUUGGGAGUAGGAAUCAGUAUAGCCUACUACAGACAAACGCUCAUACCCUUACUGUACAGGCGACUUGGGCUGAGAUGUUUGAAAAGAAACCAGAUAUCAAGCUCAGCCGUCACCUUGUACGACCUUCUAGUACUGGUUGACGACAAGGAUCACAAAUGUGUUUGGUGGGUGAAAAAUAGCCUCGUGCCAAAACUGACAAAAAAUAGAUGGAAGUUCAGAAUUCACGUCCCAGAGCCCAACACCGAGGCAGGGGAGAUAACUAACUCUGUUAUGCUUAAGAUAAAUCAGAGUAAGUCGACCUUGAUUGUCGUUUCGAAACACUUUCAAGAGAACUAUUGGUGCGUCGAGUGCUCGCAACAUGCGUACAACUUAGUUCUGUGCAAGCAUCAUGUAGUGGUUUUAGUCGUAUGGGGGAACAUAAACGCGUGCACUCUCGACUCUGAAAUAAGAGAGCAAAUAGAAAAGGGAGACAAUUUGUUUAUAAAAGAUAAUUUCCUAUGGGAUAAACUGAUAUACAAGUUGCCUUGUCCAAAUGACCGAGAAAACUCUUCGUUUUUGUGUAAAUAUAAGAAGGAAAUUCAAGGAGCGAACAACGUAGGAUUCGUUGUGGAUAACGAAAACGAAAGUUAAGACCCUCAAACGUUAUCAACAAGGGUUGAUCUAAGAUGUGAAGUGGGCACAUUAUUUUUUGUUGACGGUAAUACAGACAAAUACGAAAAAAAAAGGUUUAGUAAUUUGGUAAAUGUGCUUAAUUAAUAGAAAACACAUCACUUUCAAAGUGAAUUCAGACACUGGAUUUUAAUGAUGCACCAUUUGUCAGUAUUAGUAGCAGGAUAUUUUCAUGAGAAAAUGAAGUGUGACUCUUUCACAUCAUUGAAUGUUGCUUACUUUUAAUAAAAGUGCAGUAGUAUCAAAUUGCUAAAUUGUCUUAAAACAGGUACUAAAAUUAACAGGAGCGAGAGACAAUGAUGCAGUUUUCCCAUAAAAGUGGACCUAUGCUGGUUUCCCCACUAUACCUAAGUCGGCACCUGCAAAAUAUCAUAUUCCGGAUAUUCUUAGUCCAGAACUAACUGUAAUGAUGAAAACGUAUGUGUAUGCGGCGUAUGUACAUUCGUACGAACAUGUGUACGUAUGUGUGUGUGGGUUUUUUUUUUUGGUGGGUGUGAUGUUUGGUCUGUGGGUGUAAGCGCGUGCACGUAUAUGUAGUGUAUGGUUAUGUGCGUGUAUGCAUCUGUAAUAUAUUACAUAUAUAAUAUGUGAGUGUACGUAUACACACACAGAUAUGUAUAUAUAUAUAUAUAUAUAUAUAUAUA